GGUUCCACACGUAAACAAUACAGGGAUACUUUCGUAUCGGUAUUCAACGUGUAUAUUUAUCAGUGACAGUAUUAUGUGUUAAAUGGACUUUCAACUGUGCAAUAUGAAGGGCAGACACCAGUUCCGGAGGCGGUUCAGUUUGCAACCCUCUUUUCUGAAAGAGGAAUCCGAAGAUGAAAGCCGACCACACAGAACUGAAAGAGUCGAACACCCAGUCACGUCCAGCAGUGGAAACCUAGCCAACAAUGCAGUGCGGCACAAAAUCGUUGUGAUGGGGGCAGCAAAAGUUGGCAAAUCCUCGCUCAUAUCACAGUUCUUAUACGGAACUUUCUCAACCAAAUACAAGAGGACCAUCGAAGAGAUGCACCAUGGCGACUUCAAUGUAGCGGGAGUGAGGUUAACACUGGAUAUAUUGGAUACUUCAGGGGCAUAUGAGUUUCCAGCGAUGCGAGCGCUUUCGAUGCAGUCUGCAGAUGCCUUUAUACUAGUCUAUGACAUCACAGACUCGGAAAGCUUUGCAGAAGCUCGGGCGCUGAGGGAUCAAAUUCACGAAACGAAGGGGAGUACGGCGGUUCCCAUAGUCGUUGUUGGCAAUAAAGUAGAUUUGGCAGAGUCAGGGGAGAGACAGGUGGAGUUCCACACCACAGAAUCAGUAGUAACCGUCGAUUGGGAGAAUGGUUUCGUCGAAGCAUCAGCGAAAGACAACGUAAACGUAUCACAAAUAUUCAAAGAGCUAUUAGUCCAAGCGAAAGUAAAGUAUAACCUGUCACCUGCGCUGAGGAGAAGGCGUCGCCAGUCCCUGCCUACGGGUCCACAAGGCCCUCCAGGGUCAGCCCCGAGUCCAUCUGCGUCCAACGCACCCCAUGUUCCGUCACCCGCACAACUCGCACACCUACAACAAAUAAGGGAACGGCACGCCAACAGUAAACGCAACUCUUGUGUUAUUUCCUAAAUCGUCCAUCUUAAUGCUGAUCGCACAAUGGAGGCGAACCGCAGGAGUCGUACGUGCUAAACGUAACGCAUUUUUCAGUACUAAAAAUGCAAAACGU